AUGCCACGAAUAACGGCAAGCAAAAUAGUGUUAUUAUCUGUAUUAUCCUUACUAACAGUUUUCUAUCUGAAUACAUUUUCGUCUAUUAAAAUUGAAAACGAUCUCGACGGGACUGAUUACGACUUGGAUUACAUAGAAUCUGAUAUCAAAAAGACGCGUCGAUUACUCAAUGAAAUCCCUGAUCCAUCUCAAAACCGAGUUCAAUUUUUUAAACUCGAUGAUAAUGGAUAUGCAUUCUCAGCAUAUACAGAUAAUAGGAAAGGAAAUAUGGGUCACAAAUAUGUCAGAAUAUUAGUGUUCCUAACUAAAUUUGAUGAUUUUUCUUGCGAAAUUAACUCGAAGAAAUCCUAUGUUGUUACACUCUACGAGCUAUCAGAAAAUCACAAUAUGAAGUGGAAAAUGUAUAUUUUGAAUUGUUUACUUCCCGAUGGAAUCACUUUCAACGAUGUGAAUUCUGUAAAAAUAUCUAGAAGUUCUUCAAAACUUUCAGUCCAAAUCCCGAUCAGAUAUAGAAUUCAAGAUGAGAAAAUGAUGACUCCAGAUGAAUACGAUUAUAAGUUGUCGAUUUGUGUUCCUGCACUUUUUGGAAACGUUUAUUAUCCAAGGAGGAUUAUUGAAUUUGUGGAACUAAACAGCUUGCAAGACAUCGACAAAAUCUACAUCUACUACAAUCCUUUAGAAAUGACAGAUGAGGCCACAGAAAGGACUUUGAAGUUUUAUUCCAAUAAUGGGAAAAUCAAUUUAAUAGAAUUCAUUCUCCCAUUUUCUACUCGAGAUGUUUGGUAUUAUGGGCAAUUGGCCACCGUUACAGAUUGUCUUCUCCGUAACACUGGAAUAACUCAAUACACAUUUUUCAAUGAUUUGGAUGAAUUUUUCGUGCCAGUACUGGACAACCAAACUCUCUCUGAAACUGUGUCAGGAUUAUUUGAAAAUCGAAAAAUUGCCUCUCAGAGAACGGCCUUGAAAUUUAUUAGUACAAAAAUCAAUCGAUCUCCUGUAACUCUCAAUAAUAUUGUGUCUUCUAAAAAUUUUGAAACGAGAUUCACAAAAUGCGUCGUACGGCCGGAAAUGGUUUUUGAGCAGGGCAUUCACCAUACGAGUAGAGUAAUACAAGACGACUACGAAACCCCAUCCCAUGAUGGAUCACUUUUGCGUGUGUAUCACUACAGAGAACCAAGAUAUUGCUGCGAAAACGAGAAUCUUCUAAAACAAAGAUACGAUAAGAAGCUUCAAGAAGUUUUUGAUGCUGUAGUUCUUAUGUUGGAAGUCUAG